AGUUAACUCCGGCCGUUAACUGGUCGAUUUUUGCUGGAAAUACAAAAAUUUACGUUUUUGCUAAAACCACGUUCAUCGCAGCUAACGUUAAAUCCAACAGAGACAGUUUCCGCUAACGUUAACGUUUAAGCUUCUCUUCAAAUUAACGCUUAAUUAGGUAAUGUGAGACGUAUGUUUAUCUGGCGUUAACGUUACUGAGACGUACGUUUAUCCGGUGGUAUUAACGUUACAGGUCAUCAUAUUGUCAUAAAUAAAGUUGUUCAGUCAGUUUGCAUAUUGGUAUUGUUUGCCCCCUCUCAAAUAUAUGGAUAUGUGUUUAGUCCGUUUAUCGACCAUGAGCUGGGCGGUGGAGGAGUGGAAGGAUGGACUUCCAGGGAAAGCCCUGCAGAAGAUCCAGGAGAUGGAAGUCCAGCUGGACAAAGUGAAGAAGGACAGGAACCAGAAACAGUUCCAGCUGGACUCCUUAGAGGCCGCCCUACAGAAACAGAAACAAAAGGCGGACAGUGAACGCACUGAGACCUCUGCUCUGAAAAGGGAGAACCAGUCGCUAGUGGAGUCCUGUGACUCUCUGGAGAAAGCCCGUCAAAAGGUUGUCCAUGAUCUAGGAGUCAAGGAGCAGCAGGUGAGCUAUCUGGAUGGUCAGCUUAACUCCUGUAAAAAAACCAUAGAGCGACUGGAGCAGGAGCUGAAAAAGUUCAAGAAUGAGCUGGAUCGUUCGCAGUCUGCUGGCUCUUCCUCCUUGUCGUCGUCGUCCUCUGAGCUUCAGCCCUACACUACUCCACAGAAAGGUUUCACUACCCCGGCUCCUGUCCCAGCCUACAGACUGCAGGAUAACAGAAUAGAUGGGCUUCAGGAGAAAUACAGCCAGGAGGUAGAAGAAAGAAAAAGGCUGGAGACCGAACUCAAAAUCCUGCAGGUCAAGCUGUUGAAUCAGUCCUCAGUCACUGUAAGCCACAAGGACAUUGCUGCCCGCCAAGCUGGAUCUUCCAUAUUCCCAUGGCAGGAUCAGGCCCACAGUCGGCAUUCUCAGGAUGCAAUGGAAACGCCUCUGAAGAGGCGGGGAACCUCCCUCUGGGAAGCCCAUGAGGAGACGCCCAUUAAAACCAGCCAGCGGAUGAGCUCUUCCAGAGCAGCGCAGAGUCCCUGUGGAUCCUCCCAACAGAUGGAUCAGCUGAAGACCAUCAACCAAGAGCUGCGUUGCCGAGUGUUAGAGCUGGAAAGGAAUCUGUCCACUCAGGAGAAGGAAAUUCGUAGCCAAGCCUCCAAGCUGCAGGACCUCCAAACUCAACUGAACCAGGCCCGCAAAGAGCUGACUGAACGGGACAGAGACCUGGCCGAGACCAGCCACAAGCUGAGUCAGGCCACAAACGAACACCAGCUGAUUGUGGCCAAGUGUUCAUCAGUUGAGCAGAAGCUGAAACAAGUCUCGGAGGAGAUGAGCUGUCAGAGGCACAACGCUGAGAGCUGCAAACGAGCCCUGGAGCAGAAACUCAAGGACCAAGAGAGAGAUAGUCAGAAGGAGCUAGCCCAGCUGCAGACUUCUCACCAGGCGUUGGAACAGCAGCUGAACCAGACCAGAACCAAGCUGACACAAGAGAUUCAACAGUCCAAAAAAGACCACAACGUACUGCAGGCUGACGUGGAGAAGAUGUGCUUCCAGAAGACUCAGAUGGAGAAGGAGGUACAGGAGCAAAAACAGAAACUGCUGAGGUCAGAGCAGAGCCUCCAGGCCAGCCAGAACAAAGAGCAGGACCUCUGCAAGAAAAUGGAGGAGCUGCAGAAAGAGAAGAACAGUGCGUCUGUCCAGCUGGACCAGAGCAGCAGGCGUCUGAUUCAGCUGGAGGAAGAGAAGAAGAGCGCAGACCAGAGCUUCAAACGCACCCAGGGGUUACUGGAUGACCUGAAAGCCAAAUCGGAAGGACAGGCGGAUGAGCUGAAGAGGCUUCAGACUAAACUAGAGCAGCAGACUCAGGCUUCGUCCCGGGAGCUGGAGAACUUGAAGAAGACACUUUCUGAUGCAGAGGCCAACAUUGACCGAUCUCAGAGUGAACUGCAGAAACAGAAGCAAGAGGCAGAAAAGUUGACCAACAGGUUGACGGUGAAAGAGAACGAAAGCCAAGAGCUGAAAUCCAACCUCACUGCGAGUCAGAAUGAGAGUAAGGAACUGAAACAAGAACAUCAAGCUCUGCUGGAGUGGAAGAAAGAAAAGGAGACCGUGAUUAAUGAAACUGAGGCUGUGCAAAAAGACCUCGCUGACAAAAUUGGCAACUUGGAGAACAGCCUCAUCUCGCUGAAUGAGGCUAAUGACAUCGUUACGAAGCAGCUCAUGAGCGUAGAGGGAGACAAGGCCAGCAUGUCUGCUCACAUUGAUUCCUUGAAGGGAGAACUCCUCAACAAGAGCACAGAGUUGGAAGAAAGGGAGCAUCGGUACGACCAGCUGCAGUCUAAGUUCUCCGAGGCCGGACAGAAGCACACCAAAGACCUGGAGAAUGUUGCCGUGCAAGUGGCUCAGCUUGAAGCACAGGUCAAAGGUCUGGAGUUGCAGCUGCAAAAGGAAAUUGCUCGAGUAGAGCAGGCCGACAGGACCAACAUAGAGCUGCAGGACGAGCACCAGGCAGCCUGCGACCUGGCUCACUCCAAAGACCAGCUCAUCGAGUUGGGCCAAGCGGAGAUCAGCCAGCUAAGGGAGAGCCUCACUCAAGUCACUGCACAGCAAGAAGAGCAAACUACCAGGUUGUCAGAGGAGAAGGCAGCGCUGCUGAAGCAGUGUGAGGAGAGUGUUUCAACAAAGGUUGAAGAGAGCGAGCAGCUCAAGCUUCAGUUGGAGGAGACUAAACAGGAGCUGUUGCUCACCAAAGACCAGGUCAGCUCAGCGGAUCAGUUCCUGAAGGUCCAGGAGCAACUGGGAGCUGAGCUGCAGAAACAAAUAAAGACGCUGUCGGACAGUGAAGAGGAACACAAAGAGUUGCAUCAUAAGAAAUCAGAAGAGCUUAAACAGUUGGAGGAUAAACUGAAGGAGCUACAGAGCCACGCAGAAGAGCAGGAGAAGCAGUUCAGAAAGGCUGAAGCUCAGAUUUUGUCUCUGGAGAAACAAAAGGCUGAGCUGGAAAAUGCACUUCAAGAGGCCGAGAACCUCCAGCAAGCUCAUACUGAGAAGAUCGAUAACCUCCUGGAGCAGAUAUCUUCCUUGGAAGAGGAGCUAACAGCGAGCAAAGACGCAGCAGAGAAGCUUCCGGAGUUGAAGAAUGAACUGGCCGUGGUCCACCAGUCCCAUGCUGACCUUAAAAAGCUUCUGGAAGCUCUUGAGAGGAGUCACUCCUCCACUAUUGAAGUCAAGUGCAGUCUGGAGAAAGAAGUCAAAGAGCUCACCGAGAAGACGGACAAAGACAAAGAGAGUCGUGCUUUAGAUGCUGAAAAUUUCCUCAACAAAGAGAAGAUCCUCAAAGAGAAGCUUGAUGCCGCUAGAAAAUCUGUGACUGCUGCCAAAACAGAAUCAAGUUGUCGACGGGAGGAGAUCAAGAGCAUGAAGAAGACUCUGACGGCUGCGUCACACGGCUUAGAAGAGAGAGAUGGCACGAUAAAGAGUCUGAAGGAGAAGCUGAAUAAAUCCGAGGCAGAGCACGCCAAAGCAUCAGAUCUCCUGAAGGAGAAGAUGGUCGCCAUGAACAAAAUCAAGGUCCAGAUGGAGAUGCUGCAAAUGGACCUGGAGGACAACGAGACGGUCAUGAACUCCUUUGGCAGUCAGGUGGAGGAGCUGAAGGGAACCAUAGAGUCACUGGAGGCUCAGCUAGCUCACAACCAAACUCAGAUGUCUGACAUGGAGGCCAGGCUGGAGGACAGCAAAGCCCAGGUCUUUGUCUUGGAAACCCGGUUAGAGGAGGUCCAAUCUCAGAACUCCGUGCUGGAGACACAGUAUGUCACAGCUAAGGAGGAGCUGAUGGAACAGAGCUGUGAAAUCACUCGUCUGGAAGAGGAUGCUGUCAACCAAAUGCAGCUGGAGGAGAAUGUUGCUGCUUUAGAGUCUAAACUCGGCCAGACCACAGAGGAAAAUAUCAAGUUAGAGACAACUCUCAGGCAGGCAAUUGAGGACAGAGAGCAUCAUCUUAAGCAGUUACAACACGAGAAAAACAACCUUGAGACUACUUUGAAACAGAUAAGAAAUGAAAAAGAGCAAGUAGAAACUGAGGUGAUUCAAGUCAAUGCAGAGAAGAAACAGCUGGAAGGCAGUUUAGACGAGCUGUCUGAGGAGAACAAACGACUGCAGAGCAACAUUCAGCAGUUAACUAAAGAAAAGCAGAAGAUCCAUCAGAUGACUGUAGAGAAACAGGAAGCUGAAUCGACCCUUAGACAAGUUCUCGAGAAGAAAGCCCAACUAGAUAUCACCCUCAGUCUGAUAAAUGAGGAAAAAAUCCAACUGGAGGCUAAACUAACCGAGCUAAUCUCAGAGAAAAAUAACUCGGCCACUAACUUGAAUCGAGUAGUUGAGGAAAAGCUUCAGCUGGAGGGUAACUAUCAUGAGCUGACUGAAGAGAACAUCAAACUACAAUCUAGUGUGAAUCUAAUAACUGAAGAGAAGCUGCAGUUACACGAAAGAAUAGAAAGGCACGAAGAAGAGGCGGCUUCACUUAAAGAGCGGACUGAGGAGGAGAACAGAGAGAGGAUCCAACAGUUUGAGGCGGAGCAGGCAGAACUGCAUCAGAAGUUGGCGCACUUACAGAAGGAGCUGACCGUGUUCAAGCAGCAGCACGACUCACUGCUGGAGCAGGUGGGCCGACAGCACAGCCUCAUACAGCAGCUCUCAGGAUCACAGGGAACCCAGAAGGAGCCAGGAGAAAACAUCCGCCACAUGGAGACUGAGGAGACGGGUGUCGGUGCAGGAGCAGCAGAAGCAGCAGGACAGACUGACGUAGAGCCGACACUUGAUACAAGCAUCAAUGCUGAGUCCCUUCCAGUAAAGGAACAGCUGAGCCCAAUGGUAGCUGAACCGGGUGAACUUUCCCAUCAGUCUGACGAGGCUUUCAGCCCUGGCAGUGAGACAGAGCUGGUGUUCAAAGAGGACGUCCCUGAACAAGAGAUGGUCCAACAGCUGGACGAGCAAAGGGAGGCACGCGUGGCCGAUCCGAAGGUUACCGAGGAGCAGCAUCAACAGCAACCCUUCGAUCAGCUUCCUGAAGACGGCAGUAGUCCUCGAGAUGUUCUUGGAAGUAAUCCUGAAAUAUGCCAUAUUUCUCUUCCAUCUUCCCCUGUUGCAGCAGAGUCAUCCCAGGUACAAGAUGACCUCAACCACUGCACAGAAACGAUCACGAAACAAGAACUCCAGACCCUCCGCUCAGAGUAUGAGCUGCUUAGUUCCGACCUCGCACUGAGAAUGGAGUUGACUUCUGAACUGAAGGUCCAAGUUCAAAACUUGGAGGAGAAAGUUCAUGCAGCAGAGGAGGAGGCACAGGGUGCAGCACAUGAGCUGAAGAUUGCUUUGGAGCAGAAGAAAGUGGUUGCUGACCAGAUGGCUCAACUGUCAGAGGAGAGGGAGACAUUAAGUCUGCAGCUCCAAACAGCUAAAUUCCAGCUGGAGGAUGUGAUGGAGAUGCUGGAAGGACUGGAAAUGGCCAACGGUGGGUGGGACGAGAAAUUCCUUCAGCAGGAGAGUGAGCUGAAGAGAGUUCGCUCUGAGAAAGCCAACCUGGAGCAGCACAUCCUGGGCAUGGAGUCUGAGCUGGAGACCUUACAGCGUGAGACGAGCAAACUGGAAGAUGAGAAGGAGACGCAGAGGAGGACUUGUUCCAGCAUGGAGCAGCAGAUAGAAACGAUUACAACAGAGACAACCCAGCUGAGGUCUGAACUUGUGUCCUGCACCGAGGAGCGAGAUGACCUGAACCGGUCUUUGGGCCAGUCGAGAGAGAAAGUUCACAGUCUGGAGAAGACUAACUGUGACACCAGAAGCCUGAUUUCCAUCCUGGAGGAUGACAUCAGAGCAGGCAGGAAGGAGUAUGAAGCCCUGCAGAGCAGCAAGGAGAAGCUGAAGACAGAGAGGCAGCAGCUGCUGGAACAUAUUAAAGCGCUGGAGCAGGCAAUAUCCCAACAGAGUGGAGACAGACAGGAGCUUAUCAGCCAGCUGGACAAGAUCACAGUAGACCACACCUCGGCCAAUCAAAACACGGAGUCCAUGGUCGCCAAGAUACAGGCUUUAGAGGGAGAGGUUUGCCGUCUCUCACAGUCUCUGGAGUCAUCUCUUCUUGAAAAAGGAGAGAUUGCCUCUCGUCUGAACUCGACACAAGACGAGGUCCGACAGAUGAGGACUGGUAUUGAAAAGCUGCAGGUCCGCAUAGAGUCGGACGAGAGGAGGAAAAAGAAGAUGGAAGAGCUCCUCAAAGCUGCCCAGAGGAAGUCUGACUCACUGCAAGAUCGCAUUGAUGCUCUGGAGCGAGAGAAGGAAGACGAAGAGCAGAGUCUAGAAGAAGCUGUGUUGCAGGCCGAGACAGCCAAAGCGGAGCUGGAGGAGGAAAGGACAAAGGUGGAGGAGGAGAAGAGAGAGCUCAGUGAGAAACUAUCAGAGCUCUCUGCCAAGCUGGAAACCCUUAGAUCUGAGAAAGAACACAUGGAGAGAGAGCUGGAGACAAAAAACAGAGAGAUAGAAGAACUGAAGGCUGCUAAGGAGGAGCUGGAGAGGGGGCUGGAGAGGGCCGAGCUAGACAGAAGAGAGGAAGAGGAAAAACAGAAAUGCAGGGUAGAAGAGCUGAAGAAAGGAAUGAGAGAGGAAGCAGAAAGGCUUACGAGUCAAAUGGAUGACCUCCAGGCACAGCUGUUGGCCUCUCGGCAGAGCGAGAUCUCCCUCACUCAAAAGAGUGCAGAAACGGAAGGGGAGAAAGAGAAGAUGCAGUGUCUGCUGGUAAAGAUGGAGAACGAAAAGAUGUCUCUGCAGUCUUCUCUGGAGGAGCGCGAGACAGAAGGAGAGAGGCUCCGCUCUCAGGGAGAGGAGUGGGAGAAGGAGAGAAAUAACCUGAGGACCAGUAUUGUGGCUCUGGAAGAAGAAAUGAAGGAGCUUGAAACGCUCAUAAAAGCUAAAGAGGAAGAGAGGAAAAUGUUGGAGAAGGAGGCAGAUCAGAGACACGCCUCAGUAACAUCCAUCUCGUGUAUCAUGGUGGAAAAAGAACAGCUAGAAGAAGAAAAUGGACGGCUGGCAGAGGAGAAAGAAAAACUGCAUUCAACCCUGUUUUCAGUAGAACAAGAGAGAGAUCAUCUGCAUUGCACUCUUGCAUCUGUUGAGGAAGAGAAAGAAAGACUGGAGCAAGAGAGCGGGCUGUUAGCCGAUGAGAAGGAGAAGCUUCAGUCCAGUCUCUCCUCGAUAGAAGAGGAGAAAUGUAACAUGCAACAAACUCUCUCUUCAUUAGAGGAAGAGAAGAAAAGAAUAGAGGAGCAGAAACGGAUGCUAGAGGCUGAAAAACAAGAAUUGCAGUCUUCCCUUUCUUUGAUUGAAGUGGAGAAAAAUAACCUAUCGUCAGCGCUUUCUUCAAUGGAGCAAGAGAAGCAACGAGCAGAAGAAGAGAAAGAGAAACUCACAGAAGCCCAACAGACUCUUCAGUCUACAGUUGGCGCCAUAGAGAAGGAGUUGGAAGCAUCCAAAUUGUCUGCUGCACAGCUCAGUGAGCAGGUGUCAAAGGUAACGUCUCAGGCCGCUCGUCUGUCUAAAGAGAGAGACUCGGCCCUGAGCAAGAUGGGUCUUUGGAUGAAGACUUGCAAACAGCUGGAGCAGGAGAAGCAAGAGAUGUUGAACAGCUCAGGUGACAGAAAGAGCAGCGAGGAGGUGCAGACUCAGGGAAACCAGCUGAAGAUGGAGGCCGAGAAAAGACAGAAGGAAAUGGAAGACCUGAACGCUGCCCUGCAGCAGAAGAGGGUGGAGGCGGAAGAAAAAACAAAGGAGGUGGAAGAACUUGAGGCUGCCCUCGAUGGAAGGAAGAAGGAGUUGGAAGAGAAAAACUCCGAGCUGGGGAUGCUGAAGAGUGAGUUGGAUGAACUGAAUAAACUCCUGGAGGAGAAAAGCAGCGAGGCAGAUGAGAGCAUCGAGAAAUACUGCGGCCUGAUGGUUAAAGUGCACAAACUGGAAGAGACUAAUGACGCUCUGACAACCCGGCUGGAGCAGCUCACUGCUAGCCACCGCGUUAACGAAGCUAAGAUCCCCUCUAGCCGGCGAUCAGGCAGGAAGUCUUCCUCCAAACACCAGGAAGAAGUGGCUGUCAACACAGAGAACGUUGCUCCUUCAACACCUCAGAGGUCUCCUCGGGGUUCGUCUUCAGUGAAACGAGGUCACCGUGACAUCAGUAACAAAGACGGUGCCCAGGAGGCCCUGCACAACCUGACAAAGAAGAUCAAAGCCAAUGCAGCGACUACACCGAAACCAAGAGCAGAACAGAAAGACGAGGAGUUCAAACCAGAGGGACUUCCUGAGCUGGUGCAGAGAGGUUUUGCUGACAUUCCUCUGGGGGAGGCCAGUCCAUGCAUCAUGAGGAGAACCACAGUGAAGCGCUGCAGUCCUCGACUGGCUGCCAGACACACGGCUCCCACAUCUGCAUCUAACGGCAAGACGUCGGGGUCCGUACUCCUCCAGAGUCCUUCUGCAGAGAGCUCCAACAGGAAGUGUGUCUCCCCGAGUGACGAGGAGAAACUACGUUCUCUGUGUUUACUCAAGACGCCGGAGCAGAACGAGAGAGAACAAGAAGGCAACUGUCAAGUCCAGUAGCUUGAUACAGUCUGGCAUUGAUUUUUAGAAAUAUACACAUGCACAAAAUAUUAAUCCUUUUUUUAAAGACACAUUUAUUUUAUAAGUAAACACU